CCGUAGCCCCCGCCCAUCCGGGGUUUUUCCCCCCUCCAAAGAUGGCGGCGCCCAGGUCGGUCAGAGCUCGGCGGCUUUGGAACGGUCUGGCGACGGCCGCCGCCUUCCUCGUCAUCCUCCCUCUCCUUCCCGCGGCGGAGGCCGGGGCCGAGGGGGACCAAAGCACGGCCGAGUUCGACGUGAGGCCCGGCGGAGCCGCCCACUCGUUCUCGAAGAGCCUGGGAGACUACACCUGCACCUUCACCUAUGCUGCUCAAGGUGGGACCAACGAAAAAUGGCAGAUGAGCAUUGGGAUCAGUGAAGAUAACCUGCUGUUUUCCUGUUCCAUCUGGAGGCCCCAAGGGAAGUCUUACCUCUUCUUCACCCAGUUUAAAGGCGAGGUCAAAGGAGCGAAGAUCGAGUAUGGCAUGGCCUACGUAAGUCUUUUCUGUUUCUAGGGUGCGGUGGGGGGG